GUCACACGGGCUGCCGCACUUUUACGAGUGAGAAUAACGAGCCAACAUCGAAGCGAUUUACUUAACCGCAAUUGGUCUGCUCCCAUCGCGCACAAACCCAACCCAGUAAAGUGGAUGUAUGAAAGAUGGAUCGUGCGGAAGUUUCACGGCCAUCCAGAUUGGGUGUACCUGAAGAAACGAACCAGCCCUUGGAUCCUCCGACAUCCCCACCUCUUUUCGGAGUAAGCGACGAUGUUCUUAUCUCGUACGACUUGAAGGAUAUGAACAAACUGAUGAAUUCGCUUGACCUGUCGGACGAUCAAAAACAGAUCCUGAGAUCUCGCCGCAGGAAACUGAAAAAUCAAGAUUACGCAGCUAAUCGUGACAGAGAGCGAGUUGAGAAAGAAGGUGGGCUCGAAUUUGAAAAAGACCAAGAGUACGACGAGUUGGAGCAGCUGCAGGAAGAAAACGACAAGAUGCUUAAAGAGUUGAUCUUGUUGAAUAAGAAGUGCCAGGCUCUGAUGAGGUUCGCCAUAGAACGGAGUAUACCGCUGCCACCGGGGGCAGAAGCAGAUCUACGGAGUUCAGAGAUUCGGCCAACAGUGGAACAACUGGAAAAACAAUAAAGUAUCUGUGAAAAUGCGAUGCAACGAUAUUCAUUCGUUAAUAGGUAUAUUUUGUGACAAACGAAUAAGUAUGUAGGAAUAAUCGCGGGCUAUGAAAUUUUUUGUUUUCGCUACUCACAGUUUUUUGCGAAUUUCCCAGCUAGUGCAUUGGCACCGAUCUAGUAAAAGAAAUAGUGUCAUAGCCCGCGUUUAUUAUUCAAGUUUUUCCCUUCCUUGGAGCAAAAUAUACUAUUUUUACAAAUUUAUCUCAAUCGAGCAAUAGCUUUUAGUAAUAAUAAGUUUAAUAAUAACUUAAAUGGGAUUCUUGAAGAAUGAAUUUAGAAAUUUUAAUUUUUAAAUGCGUAUAUGGUACUCUUAUGCGAAACUUAAUUUAUUCAUAGUUUAUUGAAAUAAAUAAGGAUAUAAAAAAAUCAUUUUUGAUUCAUUAACAUGUAUUAGCAAGUUAGACUUUA